CCAGUUUCUAACCGCUCUCUGUCUCUAAGAUGCUUUUCUCGUUCUUCGUCGUCGCUGCCGUUGGUCUCGGUCAAGUUCUCGCCAGUCCUACUGAGCUCGUUGACAGGGCCCAACCUGAAAUCGUCAGCUGCUACAACGUUGGCACUAAAUCUGACCGCACGCCAUUCGUGGCUGCAAUUGACCAGUGGUGCGCAAAGGUCAUCGGAACGACCCUUCACGAUGGUCAAGAAGUCAGCACCGUCUUCGAAUUUGGUGCUGUGGAUUAUUGGCUCUCUGCAAAAGCUAUCAAUGGGUAUGGUUACAUUUUCACGAUAAGGAUUCAAUGACGUUUAUCCGUGCUUUAGGUGCUCCUUCACCAUCGACAGCAACUGUAACCGUCUCCUUCGUCUCCCAGUCGACCAGUGCAACACCAGCGGUGAAAAUGGUAAACAGGGUGGUGUUAUGACCGACCCUUGUGGUCAAU